ACUGAACCCAUGACAACUGAACCUACAACCACACCGACUCCUGAACCGACAACAACUACUGAAUCUAUAACCACAACAACUAAACCCAAGAUCACAACAUCUGGACAACCCAUUCUUCCAAAAGCUUGUGGAGUGGACAUAGUGUUCAGUAUUGACACAUCAUGCAGUAUAAGAGACACUGACAAACUAAUGGUGAGGGAGUUCAUAGCAAAACUAGGAAGCAGUGUAAAGAUUGGUGGUGGCCAAGAUGAGACACAGAUAGCAGUACAGACAUUCAAUGAAGGAGCCCAUCAUCAGUUCUACCUCAAUGAUUCAGCAUCGAACAGCGCACUUGACAGACUAGCUAGAAAUAUUGACCUUGUACCAGCAGGAUGUAAAACUCACACAUUCGCUGCAUUGAAGCAAACCAGAGAUGUGUAUUUCACCCCAGAGAAUGGAGAUCGUAGGACUGCAUCAAACGUAGCAAUCAUCUUAACUGAUGGUCUCACAUUCCCAGGAUCCCGUAAGAGAGCAACUUUGACUCAAGCCAGGUUGUUGAAAAAUGAAGGAGUUGAGGUAUUUGUUGUGGCUGUACCAAACAAGAAAGACAAAGUAAAGGAUAAAGCAAGAAAAGAAUGGGAAACAAUUGCAAGUGAACCAGCUGAAGAUCAUAUUUUUGAGGUAAAUGAAUUUGAUGAGUUAAUGAAUCUGAUCAACACCCUAACUGAAGAUAUUUGUGUAAAGCUCAAUGACCCACCCACAACUCCUGCUUCCAAAACAACACAACAAUAUUCAACAACAACUAAACAACCAUGGAGGACAACAUCGAGGCAACCAUGGAGGACAACAUCGAAGCAACCAUGGAGGACAACACCAAGGCAACCAUGGAAAACAACAACUGGUCAACCUUGGGAAACCACCAAAGAACCAAAGACUACAGACUCACCAACAAACAAACCAACAACAACCAGAAGACCUUGUGUGAAUGGUGGCUGGGGUCAGUGGUGUGGAUGGUCUAAGUGCUCCAGUUCCUGUGGUACAGGAACCUCAUACAGAGUGAGAAGAUGUGACAGUCCCUACCCAAGCUAUGGAGGACAGUAUUGUAGAGGACCUAGGAAAGAAGUUAGACAAUGUCACAAUACAGACUGCCCAGUGGACAGCAUCUGUAAAAAUGGAAUUGGGAACUAUGCCGACCCCACAGACUGCAAGUCAUACUACUGUUGCACCAAGGAGAGGGUGACCCAGAAGAUCACACCCCACAAGUUAUCCUGUCGACCAUACCUACUCUAUAGACAGGACUGGAAGAGAUGUGUACCAUGGUACCAGGCCAGAUGUAGUUCUAAGCGUACCAAUGAUGACAAUGUUGGCACAAAAACUGUCCAAUGCACUGCUGGUACAGAACACAAGUUCUUCGCUGACCCCAAGAACCAGUGUAGCUACUACUGGUGUGUCAGAGGUAAGGCUGUUGCCAUGCAGUGUCCUAAUGGACUAGGGGUCUCAGAGGAACUUCUAAAAAGCAGUACAGCUGUGAUGUCAAGCCCAUGUGACCAGCGUCUCUCUAAGUGUCUAAAAGGACAUGGUCAGUCAAGUAGAGGACGUAGAGAUAGUGAAAAUAGCUCAAAACACCAUAGUCGUCAUAAAAGUAGUUCCAGGAGUAAAGAAAAUAGUUCUAAGCAUCAUAGAAGAAGCCGUCAUCACUCUGGUGGAAGAAGCAGUCAUCGUCGUUCAGGUGGAAGAAGCAGAGGAUAGACUAAAUGAGAUUAAAUGGAGGAAGGAAAUAUCGAACACUCAGAACAUUGGUAGUGAUGAGUAAAAUGGGGUAUAUUCUAGAAAUUAUCAUCCACAACAAACAGACAGUAUAACAUAAAAUAUAUAAGGGUUAUGUAUUAUGAGGUUCUGGAUACACAUGUUUUCAUUGGGAUAACAACUGUAUUCAAAACCAACUGAGAUGUAUCCUAAGAGGCGCUAAGUACAUUCUACCUUUGAUCUAAGGUUCCACAUUUUAAAAAGUUCAUUUUUAAUUCUAAAACUUCAAUUUUUUUUAAAAAAAAUAGUGAGAAAUAUCUCCUGGACCUCUGUGAUAGUGGGAUAUAGCUAAAUCCAUCCCACUCAUUAGAUCCACUUACUGUAGAUACCAGAAUAUUUUUAUAUAUAUGUUUAAUGCUCUCAGUAUACAUAGACUUUAUACAGACUACAUGCAUAUACAUGUUACAUAUCAAAUGUGCAUAAUGCAGUAAUUUUGACAAGAAACUUGAAUAUAUACAUGUAUAUUAUGUUCUUACAUGAACUCUUUAUCAUUUCAUAUCUGUUAUUACAGAUACCAAACAUAUCU